AUGGAUAAGGUGCUUUUCUCAAGACACGGUCAUGGUUUAUCCUUCGCUUACAAUGAGGAUGGCUUGAAAUGCGAUGCUUGCGACGGAUCGUUUCGUGCCGGGAGGUAUUGCGAUGGAUGCAAGUUUACCAUUCACAUGAGAUGUGUUUUUCUGUUGUAUAUAAAAGACAAAGCACUGAAGCACCCAUCUCAUGUUGGACAUCGUCUUAAGCUUCUCACAACGGGUGCUCCUGUUCACACCGACCCGAGAUGCCAUCUUUGCGGUAAAAACACUAAACGCCUUCUUUAUCGUUGCUCCACUUGUAAACUCAAUCUGGACAUCGAUUGCAUGCUUGAUGCCUUGUGUGGUCAAGCACAUGUGAAUAUGCCGUGGCACCCUCAUCCUCUACUCCGACUUACAUUCAGAGAUCUUGUACAAUGCGAAGCUUGUCAUCGGAUACAAGAAGACGGCUACUUUUGUCCUCGUUGUAGGAUGGCUGUUCACGAAGAUUGCGUCUCAGUAUUUGAAUCACCAGAGAUCACUCAUCCUUCUCAUGUCAGACACAACCUCAAGCUUCUCACAGACGGAGCUCCCGAUUACACAGACAAGACAUGUCAUGUAUGCGGAGACCACUCGGAGAACUUGCUUUACCAUUGUGAUAUCUGCAAAUUUAACUUGGAUCUUUAUUGCGCGAUUAAAGAACCACGACCAUUCGCUCUUCUGGAUACGAAGGUCCAUGAGCAUACACUCACACUCAUGCCAAAACUCAUCUCCUUCGUUUGUGAUGCAUGCGGCCGGACGAAAGGCGAAGGUGCUCCUUACGUCUGUCUCCAGUGUGAUUCCAUGAUCUUCCAUCAAGAUUGUACUCAGUUGCCACGUGUCAUUAACGUCAAUCGCCAUCAUCACCGCGUCACUUACACAUAUCCUCUUGGCCAUAGAGGUUUGAAAUGUGGGGUUUGUUUGGAAGCGAUUGAUUGGUCAUACGGGGCUUAUUCUUGUUCCCAUUGUCCUAAUCAUGCUUAUCAUUCAAGAUGUGCGACAAGGGAAGACGUGUGGGAUGGGGAAGAGCUUGAUGGAGUAGCCGAAGAGGUUGAAGAUAUCGAGCCAUUCAAAGUGAAUGAUGACAACACUAUAACCCACGUCGCUCAUGACGAACAUAACAUGAGCCUCAACGAAGAAGGCAUUGCUUUGGAGGAAAGCAUCUUGUGUGAAGCAUGUGUUGGUCCCAUCGGUUCUAACACAUUCUACUAUUGUUCAACUUCAGACGAUUGCAGUUUCAUCCUCCACGAAACGUGUGCUAGUCUUCCUAAAAUAAAACGACAUUUUCUAAGCCCAAAACCUCUCUCUCUUGACUUCUAUUCCCGAGGUGACGCCGACAAAUGCCAUGCUUGUCGGCAAGGUUGCUGCGAUGACGGAUUCAUGUACAGUGGUGAAAAUCAUAAUAGCUUUGACUUAUUAUGCAGUUCGAUAACUGAUCCUUUAACACACGGAAGUCAUCCUCAUCCCUUAUUCUUCCUCGAGCUACCAAGUUAUGGUGAUCUCAAGAAAUGCCGAGGUUGCGGCAUGGAUGCACAAGGAGCCGCCCUAGGUUGUAGCAAAUGCGACUUCUAUUUGGACUUCCGCUGCGCCACUCUACCAUUGACAGUAAGGCUUCACAGGUACGAUGAUCAUCCACUCACUCUUUGCUACGGUGAAGAGGCAAGUAGCGGCAAAUAUUGGUGUGAUGUUUGCGAAAGAGAAACAAAUCGAGAGACUUGGUUCUACACCUGUUAUGAUUGUGGAGUCACUCUGCAUGAUUUGUGUGUACUUGGGGAUAUCAGGUACGCCAAAGCAGGAGGAAAGUUCGAUAACCAAGUUGAUUUUCUGCCUAACGAUACAUCUUCGCGACCAUUAUGUGAGACCUGUGGUUGCCGUUGCCCAGGUCGGUUCAUUCUCGACGAUUGUGGCGACCAAAUCCUCUGUUCUCUGUAUUGCUUCAUACUGGCCCGAGGAUGGAAAGACUAUUGGUGUAAACUGAGAUGCCCUCCAUGGGCAUUAGCACUCCAAUAUAUAGUCGACUGA